GACCAAACAAGAAAAAAAAGGAAGAAGGGCCGGACGGAACCCCUGGCCACAUGAGCGCAAUAGCGCAAGAUCCAUCCGUCGUCUGUCCAAGGCGAGGAGGAGCAGGACAAUGCCUCGGCGCGGGAGGAUACGAAAGCCAUGAGGCGGGCGUUGCUGAACCUCAUCCACCGCUACCACCUCGAGGAAAUUGAUCUAGCAGCUCCCCGCCGCCGACCCCGUUGGUUCUCCCACGAGCCCCGCCACCAAAAUCCCUCCGCCCACCGUCCAUGGCGGAGGAGGAGAAGGACGGUGCCUGGGUGCACAAGAUCCCUCCGACCCGCCGCCAAGAUCCCUCCGAGUCCACGUCGACCUGAUCCGAUCAAGGCGGGGCUGUGGGUGACCCUGCAGGUGCCAGAGAUGCGGAGAAUAAGGAGCUGGCCUACACGGUACUAAGUGAUGGUGGUACGUCCAUUGCACGCAUUUGGUUCGUCCGAUAUUCCGCGAUCAGUCCCACGCGCCUCCACGGCCGGCCCUGAUCGCGGCCUCGACCUCCAUGGGGUCUCCACCGAGUGCCGCCCCGACAUGCUGCUCUGGACAAUAAUGCUCACACUCCCGUCGGCCAGGCAUGCCGUCCCAGGGCUGGUCAUCACCGUUUCCUGACUCUGUUUCUCCAGGUCUAUGGUCACCAUCGUUGGAGGUCUAUGGUUGUCCAGUCCAUGCUACAGCAGUAUAGCUCCAUCCAUCCUAGGGUGCUCCAGCAAGGGUACACAAGGCCACUUGUUGGAUUCUUUGUGUCAAAGACACUUGGUUACUACAGUGCUGGGAGUCUGGGACAAAAGUGGAGCAUGGCAUCAAUCUUGUCGAGCCGGUCUCAGCAGGGCCUCCUCUCUUGCUGCUUCCUUCCAGCAACGUUAUUGUGGUACGGUAUUUGGAAGAGCAAACUGCAGUGAUGAACUACUUACUUUUGAUAUGGUAGAGAGGACUGGAGUUGAGAAAACCUCUGUAGUCUGUAUUCUCAUCCUAGAUUUCAGUCUCUCCUGCUCCAGGGCUACGGAGCAGAAUACAACAAGGAGAGUUAUGCUACUAAACUAUACUCGUUAUUCUGCUGGCUGUACAUCCAUCUAUUGGGGGAUGCUACUUAGCUUCACACUUUUGUGCACCUGACAUGCUUGAACUAAUUGGAUGGAAUGAGCUGUCUCGCAAUACCAUUUUUAUCACAAAUGAUGGAAGUUCAUUGCAUCAAAGUCUUCAAUUUGACUAAGUGUUGAUUUGGACUUGAAAGUUGAUGGCCAUGCUCACUUACGUCCUGUAAGUUGUAAUAUGCAUUGUGUCUGAUUUGUUGUUCACUUUUUUUCCCUAUUAUAACUGAAACCCAGGUCGCUGCCAGACAUGUCGUGAAGAAAUUCCACCAUUGGACAUCAGCUCACUGAUUGAGGUUUACAGUUAUGCCAGUGCAUGAUUUUAUAAUUCCACCAUUUUUCCUUCUUAGUAGCCACUGAUUGAGGUUUACAGUUAUGCCAGUGCAUGAUUUUAUAAUUUCAAUGUUGUUUUAAUGUUGGGAAAUGUAGAAUACUUUGCGCGGAUCUAUGUAGAUUGGAUAGUCCUUCAGAUCGGUGUUACAUAAUUAGUUUGUAUUUCAUAGGUGAUGGUCAUCCAUGAAGAUCUAAGUGCUUUACUUAAGAAAUACACUCAGUUCAUCUUUGUAGUUUGUA